UGUUCGUGUCUUUGUGAGGUGAAUUUAAUCAGGUUUGAGGUCCGAGGGUCGCAGAAGGUGAGGAAAGUGAGAGUGCUUAGAGAGAGAGGAAAUGAGAAACCGUGUUCUAAAGCGAAGGAUCUGAUUUGUUUGGGCAGAGAGAGAGAGAACUAGGAGGGAAGCUUAGGCUUAGCUGCUUCUGAUUUUCUUUUAUAUGAUCUGGGCUCUGGUGUAAAGAUCUCUGCUUUUACGGGCGUUUUUUGCGGAUAUUUUGCUUGGUUUUUUGUUGGUUUUCAGCUGGUAGGAAGGGAAGCUCGGAUUUUCGGUUCGCGCUUGAGGUUUCAUGUGAUUGCGAGCUCGGAUUAUCAUGUUCCGUCGUUGCUACUGACAUGUUUUUAAAAGCUUCUGGAGAUUAUUGAGCUUUCUGGAUCUCUCGCUCACGUCUCCGGAGGCGCCGGCGUAUGAGCGUGAAGCUUUGAGCAAGCUUAUAUCGGUUGUGGUGAACGUGGCGUUUGUUGUUGGCACACUGUUAGCCUUGUAACUCGCUGCGGUCUGAUAACAGUUAAUGUUUCCAUAUCCAUAGGGUCGGUGAUCACCAUUGAUUCUGAGUUGAAGAAAAUAUAUGCAAUUUCUUGGAGUUAGAAUUAUCCUGGUGGUGUGACCCGUUUGUUAGUUUCGGGGGGUUAAAUGUCAUUCCGUAGCAUAGUUCGUGACGUGAGGGAUAGCAUUGGGAGUUUAUCCAGGAGAAGCUUCGAUGUCAGGCUUACAGGUCACCAUAGGGGCAAGUCUCAAAGUUCAGUCUAUGAGUUGCAUGAUGAACCUGUGGUUCAGAAUAGCUGCUGGGCUAGUCUCCCCCCUGAGCUACUUCGAGAUGUGAUUAAGAGGUUGGAGGCAAGUGAAAGUACAUGGCCUUCUCGCAAGCAUGUUGUUGCUUGUGCAGCUGUUUGCAGGUCAUGGAGGGAAAUGUGUAAAGAAAUUGUCAAGAGUCCAGAGUUCAGUGGGAAGCUUACCUUUCCAGUCUCCUUAAAACAGCCUGGGCCUCGCGAUGGAACUAUUCAAUGCUUCAUUAAGCGGGAUAAGUCUAGUUUAACCUACCACCUUUUCCUGUGCCUUAGCCCAGCUUUGCUUGUUGAAAAUGGGAAAUUCCUUCUCUCUGCCAAAAGGAACAGGCGGACUACCUGCACAGAAUACGUGAUUUCCAUGGAUGCUGAUAACAUAUCAAGAUCGAGCAGCACCUACAUUGGAAAGCUGAGGUCGAAUUUCCUCGGUACAAAAUUUAUAAUUUAUGACACCCAGCCACCCUACAAUGGUGCCCAUGUCUCCCCACCGGGUCGGAGUCGUAGAUUCUACUCAAAGAAAGUGUCACCCAAAGUGCCAACCGGCAGUUACAACAUUGCCCAGGUUACAUACGAGCUGAAUGUGCUGGGCACACGGGGCCCUCGUAGGAUGCAUUGCGUUAUGCACUCUAUCCCUGCCUCAGCCCUUGAUGCUGGUGGGUCUGUCCCUGGUCAGCCUGAGUUGCUUCCUCGAUCCCUGGAGGACUCAUUUGGGAGUAUUUCCUUCUCAAAAUCGAUUGACCAUUCGACUGAGUUCAGCAGCUCCCGGUUCUCAGACAUUGCCGGGCCCCGUGAUGAUGAUGGAGGCAAGGAGAGGCCAUUGGUUCUCCGAAACAAGGCUCCGAGGUGGCACGAGCAGUUGCAGUGUUGGUGCUUGAACUUCCGCGGGCGGGUAACAGUUGCCUCUGUAAAGAACUUCCAGCUGAUUGCAGCCACACAACCUGCUGCAGGUGCUCCAACGCCAUCCCAACCAACCCAAUCAGAGCAUGACAAGAUCAUCCUGCAGUUUGGCAAGGUCGGGAAGGACAUGUUCACCAUGGACUACCGCUAUCCUCUCUCUGCAUUUCAGGCGUUUGCAAUUUGCUUGAGCAGCUUUGACACCAAGUUGGCGUGUGAAUAGAAGAAGAUCACCAUGGCAAAAAGGAGGGACAGAGUGUAGCCCGGUGAUGAUCUUUUUUUUCUUUCUUCUCUCUAGGAUAGGAAAUGGUUUCAAUGUAGCAAGUUGCUGUAAAACUCAUUGUAACUGUGGUGUGCAGCACAACUGCACGCAUUAGUGGGAAAUCUUUACAUCCUUUCUCUUUUUCUUUUUCCCAUUUUUUUCAUCGUCUCCAUUUCCAUUGUUUUAUCUUCCUGGAAAGUCAACUGCAUGUGAUGCCUGCCUUAAAUUUAUUCGCCUUUUUAUAUAUAAUUUCUUCUAUGUUACGGACUU